UCCUCCCGCUGCCCCCACCGGAGAGCUCGGUGGCGCCCGGGCCCGCGCGCCCGCCUGAGGCCGCCUCCUCUGCCCCAGCCAUGCCGGGCCCCGCGGCCGCCGCGGGCCGGGCGCCCUUCCCCAGCGCCAAGGAGGAGGUCCGCGCGGGGCUCGAGGGGCGGGGGGGCGCGCGCGGGGAGCGCCAGGACAUCGUCUGGAGGAACGUCGUCCUCAUGAGCCUGCUGCACCUGGGCGCCGUGUACGCGUUGCUGCUCAUCCCCAAGGCGCAGCUGCUCACCCUGCUCUGGGCCUCCUUCUGUUUCCUGGUGACGGCGUUGGGCGUGACGGCCGGUGCCCACCGCUUAUGGAGCCACCGGUCCUACAAGGCCAAGCUGCCUCUGAGGAUAUUUCUGGCUGCUGCCAACUCCAUGGCUUUCCAGAAUGACAUCUUCGAGUGGUCCAGGGACCACCGAGUCCACCACAAGUACUCUGAGACCGACGCUGACCCCCACAACGCCCGCCGUGGCUUCUUCUUCUCCCACAUCGGGUGGCUGUUUGUCCGCAAGCAUCGGGACGUCAUCGAGAAGGGGAGAAAGCUGGACUUCACGGACCUGCUGGCGGACCCGGUGGUUCGGAUCCAGAGAAAGUACUACAAGGUCACCGUGCUGCUUAUGUGCUUCGUGAUCCCAACGCUGGUGCCCUGGUGCGUCUGGGGAGAGAGCCUGUGGAACUCCUACUUCCUGGCCUCCAUCCUCCGCUACACCAUCUCCCUCAACGUCACCUGGCUGGUCAACAGCGCUGCCCACAUGUAUGGAAACCGGCCCUAUGACAAGCACAUCAGCCCGCGGCAGAACCCACUGGUCACCCUGGGCGCCAUCGGCGAAGGCUUCCACAAUUACCAUCACACCUUUCCCUUCGACUACUCUGCAAGCGAGUUUGGCUUAAAUUUCAACCCCACCACCUGGUUCAUUGACUUCAUGUGCUGGCUGGGGCUGGCCACUGACCGCAAACGGGCCAGCAAGGCGAUGAUCGAGGCCCGGAAGGCCAGGACUGGAGACGGCAGCGCCUGACCCGGACCCUCCGGCCGCCACAUCCCCACGGACGCCUGGGCUCGUGCUUUUGUUACUCUCGUUCUUUCAUCCACUGGAACGUGCUCAGGGGCAGAGAGUGGGGAGGGAACCGAAUCCAUGUGGUCUGGGGAUUUUUGUUUGUCUGUCUCAAUAUAAUGUACGAUCCACUAUCAACGAAAACCACUUUCCAAGUCGG